AUGGAGGCUGAAGAUCUUUCAAAGCCUGAGGACAGACCUGAGGACCCAGGUUCCCAAAAGGAAGGCCAGACCCCUGCUGUGAAGCCUGAUUUUCCACUAGAAGGGCCGUGUCCUGGACCCACUGUCCUCUGGGAUAUGCUUGAAAACAAAUUUCUGGAAUAUCAGCAGCUACUGCACAAGAACCCAGAAGAACGCCGGAAGAACUUGCUGAGCCUUCUUCCCCUGUUCCUAAAGGCCUGGGAACAUUCUGUGGGGAUCAUCUGCUUUCGCAGUCUCCAAAGGCUGGCAGAAGAUGUAUCUGACCAGCUGGCCCAAGAAAUACAACAGGCACUUGCUGGAAAGCCUGCAGAGCAAGCCCGGGCUGCAGUUGGGCAGCUACUGCGGUGGAAGAGUGACAUGGAGCAGGAUGGCUACCUGCUCCUAAAAUCAGUGUAUGUGCUCACGGGGACAGACUCGGAAACGCUGGGCAGAGUGGUGGAUUCAGGGCUUCCAGCCCUGCUCCUGCAGUGCCUGUAUCUCUUCUUUGCAUUUCCUGUGGAAAAGGAUGAGCUUUCGGAGAGCGAUGUUCAAGGGCAGAGGAUAUUUGUGCAGAUGCUGCUAAACAUUUGCAGCGAGUCUCGGGGUCUGGAGGGACUUCUCUCGGGAACCGAGCUCCAGUCUCUGUUGAUCGCUACCACCUGUCUGCGGGAACACAGCUGCUUCUUCUGGAAAGAGUCUACCUUCUGUGUGCUGCGGGCUAUCUCCAAAGCUCAGAGCCCCAGCGUCAUCCAAUACAUGCGAUCUGCUGACUGUGUCCGACUCUCAGUUCAGAACCUCUCCAAGUUGGCAGACACUCUCCCUGCACCCGAGGUGAGCGAGGCUGUGAGCCUCAUCCUGAAUUUUGUGAAGGACUCCUACCCCAUCUCCUCUGCGCUGCUCCUGGAGUUUGAGAACGGGGAAGGCUACCCUCUGCUACUCAAGGUACUGCUGCGGUAUGAUGGGCUGACCCAGGGUGAGGUGGAACCCCACCUCGAGGAGCUCAUCGAGCUGGUGAUGUGGCUGACAACUUGUGGGAGGGCAGAACUGAAGGUGUUUGACAGUGUCACUUAUCCUCAGCUUGAAGGCUUCAAGUUCCAUCUCGAGGCUUCUGGGGUGACUGUUAAAAAUCUCCAGGCCUUCCAGGUCCUGCAGAAUGUUUUCCACAGAGCCAGUGACGCUGUCCUUUGCACCCAAGUGCUUUCGGCCAUCAAGACCAUGUGGGCCUGGAACCCUCGAAAUUUCUUUCUGCUGGAGUGGACGCUGCAGCCCAUCUCCCAGUUUGUGGAGAUUGUGCCCCUGAAGCCCACCCCCGUGCAGCUGCGCUUCUUCCAGCUGCUGGAGACGCUGGUGUUCAAGUUCCUCUACGUGCCCCAUGAAAUCCUGGCGAAGGUGCAGCGUCUGAUCAAGGAGAGCCCAGAGCACCCCUGCACCCUCAUGGCCUUGCAGAGCAUCCUCAGGAUCACGGCCAGUGACCAGCUUUUCACAGACAUCUUCCGGGACUCAGGACUACUAGGCCUGCUGCUGGCCCAGCUCCGGAAACAGGCCAAGAUCAUGAGGAAGUCAGGAAAGAAAGAGUCCAAUCCCGGUGUGCAGGAUCCAGAGAGGGAACUCACCUGUGUGAUGCUGAACACUGUGGUCACGCUUCUGCAAGGCUCUGUUCGCAAUGCAGUUGUCCUUAAAGAUCACGGCAUGGUGCCCUUCAUCAAGAUUUUCCUGGAUGAUGAAUGCUACCGAGGGGCCUCACUCAGAAUCUUGGAGCAGCUCUCAAUCAUCAAUGCAGAGGAGUACAUGAGCAUCAUUGUGGGGGCUUUGUGUUCAUCUACUCAGGCAGAGCUGCAGCUGAAGCUGGAUCUUCUCAAGUCUCUGCUCCGGAUCCUGGAGACCCCCAAGGGCCAUGCUGCAUUCCGCAUCUCCAGUGGGUUCAAUGGACUGCUGUCCCUGCUCUCAGACCUGGAAGGGUCCCUCCAAGUGCCUGCAGCACCAACAUGGGGUGCAGUGUCCCCCAGUCAGACCCUGGAGCUGGUGUUGCACACCCUUUGUGUUAUGUCUGCCGCACUGCACUUGGACCCAGUCAACGAGCACUUCUUCAGGAGCAAUGGGCUUUUUGAGAAGCUGGCUGAGGACCUCUGUCUGCUGGGCUGUUUUGGGGCCCCAGAUGAGGGUAGUGCCCGGCAACACUCUUCCUCUGACCUGCAGAGCAGACCCUUCGUGGAUUUGCUGAGCUCUGCCUUUUCCUCCAGCUGCCUGUUCCCACCCAGGGUGCAGAACUGCCUGCAGAUCCUCAGCUUCCUAGAGAGCAUGGCCAGCGGCACCCUCCACCUGCGCAGGGACCUGACAGAGCCCACCAGGGCUGUCCACGAGCCUUCUGUGGAUGCUCAAAAGGGAGAGGCUGGCGGCCGCCAAGGCAAACUCAAGCAGUGGCCAGACCUGGAGGAGAGGAUGGAUGAAGGUGACGUCCCGAUCAUGCAUCCUGGGAUCAUAUGCAUCAUGGUGAGACUGCUGCCUCGAUUGUACCUGGACGCCCACCCACAGCUUUCUGAGGAGAUCCAGUGCUCUAUGGCCAGUCACCUCUUGUCCCUGGUGAAAUCAGAGAAGAACCGCCAGGUCAUGUGUGAGGCAGGGAUGCUCCAGACACUCAUGACCUUUUGCCAGAGGAUCCUCAGGACCAGUGGCAGUGUCCUGCACUCGCUUCUCAUCAGGAUCUUUGAAAAGCUCGGUUCCCAAGCCAUUGAGCCAGAUGUGCUAAGACAGUUCCUAGGCUUCGGAAUUCACCCACCUCAAUCAGCUGCUGGGAAAAGCUUCCAUUCAUCUCACAGGCAUGAAGAUGAUCCUGGGUGCUCAGGGUCAUGUGCAGACUCAGCCGAGAAACCUCCAGAUGUCAAGCCACCCCUUGGAGUGUCUCAGGACGUCAGGUCCUCAUGGACCGCCCAAGAUUCAGCCACAGCCCUUCAGACAACACUGAGCCUCAUCUCCAUGACCUCCCCUCGCAAUCUUCAGCCUCAGAGAGCAGCACUGACUCCGUCAUUUGUGGAAUUUGACAUGUCUGUGGAAGGUUAUGGCUGUCUGUUUACUCCAACCGUGUCUACAGUCAUGGGGACCAGCACAGAGCACUCCAUCUCUGGGGGGACUGGAUCAGGUGCUCCCAGGGCAUUCCCUCCGCCGGCAGGCCUCACCUUCUCCUGCUGGUUCCUGAUCAGCCGUCAGGCCACCGUCAUGCAAGGCCACCCCCUGCGCCUUCUAACCCUGGUACGCCACCUGGCCCGGACGGAGCAGCCUUUUGUCUGCUUCUCCGUCAGCCUCUCCAUGGACGACUUCUCCUUGGUCGUGUCCACAGAAGAGAAAGAGUUCCAGCCCCUGGAUGCCAUGGAGCUGGAAGAUGAGGCAGAGCCCUCCGCAGGCCGCCAGCUCCAAGUCAGGUGUGGCCAGCUCCUGGCUUGCGGCCAGUGGUAUCACCUGGCUGUGGUGGUCAGCAAAGAAAUGAAAAGGCAUUGCACUGUUACCGCGUAUCUGGAUGGACAAGCCAUUGGCUCAGCCAAGAUGUUGUAUAUUCAGGCCUUACCAGGGCCUUUCCUUUCAAUGGAUCCAUCUUCAUUUGUGGAUGUUUAUGGCUAUAUUGGGACCCCUAGAGUUUGGAAACAAAAGUCAUCAUUAACCUGGCGUGUUGGGCCUGCGUACCUCUUUGAAGAAGACAUAUCAGUGGAUACUCUAGCACUUAUUAUCAAACUGGGCCCUAGGUACUGUGGUAACUUUCAAGCUGUGCACCUUCAAGGAGAAGACUCAGAUGGUGAAGCCACGCCCCUCAUUGCAGAGGAAAGGGUUUCCUUUGGUCUUCAUGUAUCCAGCUCUUCUACCACGAGCAUCCUGAGCAUCAGAAACACCUACAAUGAGGUGGACAGCCGUCUGAUCGCCAAGGAGAUGAAUAUUUCCUCCCGUGAUAGUGCCACUCCUGUGUUCUUGCUGAGAAACUGUGCUGGACACCUCUCAGGGUCACUUCGGACUCUUGGUGCAGUUGCUGUGGGCCAGUUAGGGGUGAGGGUGUUCCAUUCCAGCCCUGCUGCCAGCAGCCUGGACUACAUUGGGGGACCUGCCAUCCUCCUGGGCCUCAUCUCCCUGGCAACGGAUGACCACAGCAUGUAUGCGGCUAUGAAAGGCCUGCACUCGGUUCUGACCAGCAAUGCCAUGUGUGACUACCUGAUGCAGCACGUCUCUGGGUACCAGAUCUUAGCCUUUCUCCUGAGGAAGAAGACAUCCUUCCUAAACCACCGCAUUUUCCAGCUGAUCCUUUCGGUGGCGGGCACCGCGGAGUUGGGCUUUAGGCCAGCUGCUGUCACUAACACAUGUGUCUUCCGGCACGUGCUCUGCAAUUUUGAGCUCUGGACAAACACUGCAGACAACCUGGAGCUUGCUCUCUUUUCCCAUCUCCUGGAGAUCCUUCGGUCACCAAGGGAAGGACCCAGAAAUGCUGAAAUAGCCCACCAGGCACAGCUGGUAACCAAGCUCCUAUUCCUCUUCAAUGAGCCAAGCCUGGCCCUGUCCAAGGUCUCCACCAUCAUUGCCAUUCUGGGCUGUCAGCUGAAGGGCCACUUUAACAUCCAGGACUUACUCAGGGUUGGGCUCUUCGUCAUAUACACCCUCAAGCCUGCAUCAGUGAACGAGAGACAGAUAUGCCUGGAUGAAGCCCAGGACCCCUCCGUACCUGCUGGAAGCCAAACAUCUGGAAAGACAAUCUGGCUUAGAAACCAGCUGCUGGAGAUGCUGUUUGGUGUAAUAUCUUCCCCCCAACUUCAUCUGUCCUCUGAGUCAAAGGAACAGGUGUUUCUGAGCCUGGGCCCCGACUGGUUCCUGCUGCUCCUACAGGGUCACCUGAAUUCCAGCACCACCACGCUGGCGUUGAAGCUGCUGCUGCACUUUCUGUCACACCCUUCCCUCCGUGGGCGAUUUAGAGAUGGCCUGUCUGCUGGAUGCUGGGUGGAGAACAGCAUGGAGGGUGUGGACAUUGUGAUGGACAAUCUGAAGAGCCACCCUGUAGUGCCCGACCAGAGUCCCUGCCUACUUCCUGGGUUCCGGGUCUUGGAUGAGUUUCUGGCCUACCAUGUUCUUAUCCCGGAAGUGUACCUCAUCGUGUCCUCCUUCUUCCUCCAGACACCACUUACAGAGCUGACUGACGGACCCAAAGAGAGCUUGGAUUCGAUGCUUCAGUGGCUUCUACAGAAACAUCACCAGCAAGAAGUCCUCCAGGUGGGGCUGUGCACAGAAGGUGCCCUGCUGCUCCUGGGAAUGCUGAAAGCCAUCAUAAGCCAGCCCCCUGCAGGCUCAGGAGACAGUGCCUGUGAUCAGACAAUCCCCAGCAGUAUUCUCCAGUUCCUCGGCCUGGUGCACCGCUCCUACCCCCAGGACCCAGCGUGGAGGGCCCCUGACUUCCUCCAGACCUUGGCCAUCAUCACCUUCCCUCUGGAAACCCAGAAGGAGAUGAUGUCUGAGUCCUCUAGAAACACCAGCAGUCCUGGGGACAAUGUUGAAGCCAGCAGUGCUGCUGAGGGGCUCCAGGCUUCUUUCAAGUCACAUCCGGUUCGGAGGCAGCUGAGAGACUUCAUGCAAGUCCUCCUGAGGGAGCUGCUGCUUGGAGUGUCCAGCCCCAAGCAGUGGCUGCCCUUGGAAGUGCUCCUGGAGGCUUCUCCAGAUGGCGCCACCAGCCAGCAGAAACGAGACUUCCAGUCUGAAGUUCUGCUUUCCACCAUGGACAUAUUCUACGUCACAAGUGCGGGUAGAAUGCCAAACCUAAGGGGCAGUAAGGAGCCCCAGCCAAACACAGAAGCUGCUACUGUUCCUUCCCUUGCAAACAUCUCCUACUUUACCCAGAAGCUGGUCGAGAAGCUGCAUAGUGGGAUGUUCUCAUCAGACCCCAGGCACAUCCUUCUCUUCAUCAUAGAGCACAUCAUAGCGGUCAUCGAGAACCCAUCUUCCCAAAAGGACACUGUCAUGAGUGCGUUGUACAGCAGUUUGAACAAAGUCAUCCUGCACUGCCUCUCCAAGCCCCAGCAGUCCCUGUCUGAGUGCCUCGGCCUCCUCAGCAUCCUGGACUUCCUCCAGGAGCACUGGGACAUCAUCUUUGCCACUUACAAUUCCAAUGUCAGCUUCCUCCUGUGCCUCAUGCAUUGUCUUCUGCUGUUGAACUCGAGGAGUUAUCCUGAAGGUUUUGGACUGGAGCCCAAGCCCAGAAUUACCCCUUAUCACCAAGUCUUCCUUUCUCCAGUUGAAGAAGUGAAAGAUAAGAAGGAAGAAGACCUCCCAAGUUUGAGCGAUGUCCAGCACAACAUCCAGAAGUCAGCGCGGACACUCUGGCAGCAGCUGGUGGCGCAGAGGCGACAGACACUGGAGGAUGCCUUCAAGAUCGAUCUCUCUGUGAAGGCUGGGGAAAGUGAAGUGAAGAUGGAGGAGAUUACCCCUCUCUGGGAGGAGACGAUGCUCAGAGCCUGGCAGCAUUACUUAGCAUCUGAGAAGAAGUCACUGGCCAGUCGCUCAAGUGUCACAUACCAAAGCAAAGUGACCCGGUGGAGUGGGAGUCUGUCCUCAGCCAUGAGACUGAUGCCAGGGCGGCAGGCCAAGGACCCCGAGUACAGAGCAGAGGAUUUUGUGUCCUGUAUAGAGAAUUACAGAAGAAAAGGACAGGAGGUGUAUGCAUCGCUGUACAAAGACUACAUGCAGAGGUGGAAGAGUAGCAGUAUCAAGGCAGCCACAGCCUGGGCCAGGAUGCGAGAACAGCUCUUUGGGGAGCUGGGAUUAUGGGGCCAAAUGUCAAAAUCCACACCCUGUGCCCAGUGGGAACUGGACAGAAGGGAAGGACCAGCUCGCAUGAGGAAACGUAUCAGACGUUUGUUUUCAUGGGAAGCGCUGAACCUUGGAGGGCACAAGGAGAGCCAAGACAGAACGGGUGAUGUUUCUCAGACAAAUGCUGAAAAACAAGUUUUCACUACUGCAGAUGAGCUGACUUCAGAGGAAGCUGAGGGCAGGCCGGAUGAAGUGGGAGUGGAUUGCACACAAUUGACCUUCUUUCCUGCUUUGCAUGAAAGCCUGCACUCAGACGAUUUCUUGGAAUUAUGCCGGGAAAGACAAGUCAUUUUACAAGAGCUUCUAGAUGGAGAAAAGGUGUCUCAGAAGCUCCCCCUGGUGAUCGUGCAGGGGCACCUGGUCUCAGAAGGGAUCCUGCUCUUCGGCCAGCAGCACUUCUAUAUCUGUGAGAACUUCACUCUUUCCCCCACGGGUGAUGUCUACUGCACCCGCCACUGCUUAUCCAACAUCAGCGAUCCCUUCAUUUUCAACAUGUGCAGCAAAGACAGGUCCUCUGACCAGUACUCCUGCCAGCGCCAUGCCUACGGCGACCUCAGAGAGCUCCGGCAGGCACGCUUUCUCUUGCAGGAUAUUGCCCUGGAGAUCUUCUUCCAGAAUGGGUAUUCCAGGCUCCUCGUCUUCUACAACAAUGACCGGAGUAAAGCUUUCAAAAUCUUUUGCACUUUCCAACCAAGCUUGAAAGGGAAAGGCAAUGCAGAGGACCUCUUCGACCUAAGGAGACACCAAGGCUUUGACAGGACCAUGCUGCAGAAGUGGCAGAAAAGGGAGAUCAGCAAUUUCGAAUACCUCAUGUACCUCAAUACCCUGGCUGGAAGGACCUACAAUGACUACAUGCAGUAUCCUGUGUUUCCCUGGGUCCUUGCUGACUACACCUCAGAGACAUUGAACUUGACAAACCCCAAGACUUUCCGGGAUCUUUCAAAGCCGAUGGGAGCUCAAACCAAGGAAAGGAAGUUGAAAUUUACCCAGAGGUUUAAAGAUGUUGAAAAGAUUGAAGGAGACAUGACUGUCCAGUGCCACUACUACACUCAUUAUUCCUCAGCCAUCAUUGUCGCCUCCUACUUGGUCCGGAUCCCGCCCUUCACCCAGGCCUUCUGCUCCUUACAGGGUGGAAGCUUUGAUGUGGCUGAUAGAAUGUUCCACAGUGUAAAGAGCACGUGGGAGUCCGCCUCCAAAGAGAACAUGAGUGAUGUCAGGGAGCUGACGCCUGAAUUCUUCUACCUGCCUGAAUUUUUAACCAACUGCAAUGCAGUGGAGUUUGGUUGCAUGCAGGAUGGAACAACUAUGGGGGACGUGCAGCUCCCUCCCUGGGCUGAUGGCGACCCAAGGAAAUUUAUCAGCUUGCACAGACAGGCACUGGAAAGCGACUUCGUCAGUGGCAGCCUCCACCACUGGAUAGACCUCAUUUUUGGGUACAAGCAGCAGGGACCAGCUGCUGUAGAGGCAGUGAACACUUUCCACCCCUACUUCUAUGGCGACAGGCUAAACCUCAGCAGCGUUAGUGACCCCCUGAUCAAGAGCACCAUUCUCGGGUUCAUCAGCAACUUUGGACAGGUGCCUAAGCAGAUCUUCACUAAACCUCACCCAUCCAGGAACAACACAGGAAAACCACCAGCACCUGGAAAGGAUACCUCCACCCCCACAGGCCUUCCAGGCCACUCACUGUCCUGCCUUCACAGUCUACCAGCACUGAGACCCUCUCAAGUCACAGUCAAAGGAUCAGAGUCCCCAAAAGGGGCCAUCGGCCACAUUGUCCCUACUGAGAAGACUAUCCUGGCGGUGGAGAAGAACAAGAUGCUGCUGCCUCCUCUCUGGAACAGGACUUUCAGCUGGGGCUUUGAUGACUUCAGUUGCUGCUUGGGGAACUAUGGCUCUGACAAGAUCCUGAUGACGUUUGAGAACCUGGCUGCCUGGGGCCCGUGUCUGUGUGCUGUAUGCCCAUCCCCUACAAUGAUUGUCACAUCCGGGGCCAGUACAGUGGUGUGCGUGUGGGACCUCAGCCUGGUCAAAGGCCGCCCGAGAGGCUUGCAACUCCGAAAGGCCCUGUAUGGACACACCCAGGCUGUCACAUGUCUGGCAGCCUCGGUCACCUUCAGCCUCCUGGUGAGUGGCUCCCAAGAUCGCACCUGUAUCCUGUGGGACCUGGACGACCUCUCUCGUGUGGCCUGCUUGCCUGUGCACCGGGAAGGCAUCUCAGCCAUUGCCAUCAGUGAUGUCUCGGGAACCAUUGUCUCCUGCGCCGGGGCCCAUCUGUCCCUGUGGAAUGUCAAUGGACAACCCCUGGCCAGCAUUACCACAGCUUGGGGCCCAGAAGGAAGCAUAACAUGCUGCUGCAUAGUAGAGGGGCCGGUGUGGGAUGCAAGCCACGUCAUUGUCACAGGCAGUAAGGAUGGCAUGGUUCGGAUUUGGAAGACAGAGGACGUGAAGAUGUCUGUUCCCAGGCAGGCGGUCACAGAGGAGCCCUCCACUGAGCCCCUAAGCCCCAGAGGUCACAAGUGGGCCAAGAACCUUGCCUUGAGCCGAGAGCUGGACGUCAGUGUUGCUUUGAGUGGCAAGCCCAGCAAGGCGAGCCCUGCUGUGACAGCUCUGGCUGUAACGAGAAACCAGACCAAGCUCUUGGUUGGCGACGAGAAGGGGAGAAUCUUCUGCUGGUCUGCUGAAGCGUAGGAGGAAGCACGUGCUAGAGGCACCGGCAUCAAAGCUGAGUGCCCUGGGGUCGACAGCAACAGGCCACAGGCAUUAAAGGAUGUGCAGCCUGGGCUCUGUACCUAGAGCAAGCUUUUGGGGGCUCCCUUCCCCACAGUUCUCAAGGAGUCCCUGAUAAUUUGCUCUGUGUACCCCAAACAUCUCUGUGCUCCACAAGACUUCUGUAUAAAGGAUCCUGGGAGACACUGCUGCUGGAAACUGACCGGCUGAUGACAAGCCACACAAAAAAAUGUACAGGCGACUCAUCUUACCAAAGCUUAUUGCACUGGAGAAGCAAAGGGGUUGGGUAUUGGCUCAUGGAAACCACUCUGUUAUCUUUAUUUUAUUAAAAUAUCGUUUUCCAAAUGGAAGGCUGCUUGAGCAUCA